AUGUCGCAGGAUUCCUCUCCACGGGGACGAGGCGAUCCUGGCAACCUGGGACUGAAGGACCAGGUCAUGGCCCUUCGCUGGGUGCAGGACAACAUCCGGGAUCUGGGCGGCGACCCGGGCAAGGUCACCAUCUUCGGGGAGAGUGCCGGCGCUGGCUCCGUGCACCACCACGUGCUGUCGCCCAUGGCCGCAGCGAGCCAUCAUGCAGUCCGGGCGGCGCUGUGUCCGUGGGCGCUGAGGGAGGACCACAGGCAGGUGGCGAUGAAGAUGAGUGACCUGUUCAACUGCUCCGCCGUGGACGAGGCUUCCUCUUCGCUGGACGGCGCCGCGCUGGCCGAGUGCCUGAGGGAAGUGCCCUUCGACGAACUCACUGGAGCGCCGAGCAAAGGCGAGAACUACGCAGUAUUGUAUGGAGGUUUAGGCCGUGUUGACAUAGAAGACAAUCAAAGCGACAUCUAUAGUGGAAGAGGACGCCUUGGUCAUCAACAACGGCCCUGUGGUGAUGACCCCAGGCGUGGACGGGGAGUACCUGCCGGAGCACCCCGCCGUUCUCCUGCGGGAGGGAAGGUACAACAAGGUCGACAUCAUCUCCGGCAUCAACCGAAACGAUGGCGCCUUGUCAAGCACUCGUAA